UAAAUGUAAGAAUAAUGAAUGAAGACAUGAAUUAAAAAGCGCUCACGGAGCAACCAAGCUGUGAAUGAAAGCGCAAAAACUGCCCUGCCGAUCACAACCACAGGGUGGCAGUACACACAAUGUCACUGAGAAUCUCGUGCACACAGGAGCUUUAAAGUUGCCCGGCGAUGACAUGCAACAGCAUCGUGAUGGGCACGCACAUAGCCAUAAAUGUGCAGACCCCGACACACGAAAGCCUCAACGAGAGCGCGGAUGAACAAUGUCCAGGGCGCACAACUUAUCCAGUCCUGACGGAGAGAUGAGAGUCCAUCGGCGAGACGCGCGUCAUCUGAACUACACGAGCGGCAUGCGCGUUAAUUUUGUUGAUUGAGAAAAGUUUCAUGAAGAGAUACGAUGUUUAUGAAUGGGAGUUCUUUGAACAGUUCUGCACCGGACCCUAGCGAGCAAACCCUUCAUCGGCCGCCCUGGGUCACCACUACUCUCGGAUGUUUCCUCAUAUUCACUAUAGUAGUGGAUAUUUUAGGAAACCUGCUGGUGAUUUUCUCCGUCUACAGAAACAAGAAACUUCGGAACGCAGGUAACAUCUUUGUGGUCAGUCUGGCUGUGGCAGACCUGGUGGUGGCCAUCUACCCAUAUCCUCUAGUUCUCACCUCCAUAUUUAACCGGGGCUGGAACCUGGGAUACAUGCACUGCCAGAUCAGCGGCUUCCUUAUGGGUGUCAGUGUAAUCGGCUCCAUUUUCAACAUCACCGGCAUUGCAAUCAAUCGCUACUGCUACAUUUGCCACAGCCUCAAGUAUGACAAGCUAUAUAGCGACAAAAAUUCUUUGUGCUACGUGCUCUUGAUCUGGGCGUUGACAGUGCUGGCCAUAGUGCCUAACUUGUUUGUGGGCUCCCUACAGUACGAUCCACGGGUUUAUUCCUGUACGUUCGAGCAGUCGGCUAGCUCGGCGUAUACGAUCGCUGUCGUCUUCUUCCACUUUAUCCUGCCCAUCAUGAUCGUUACUUACUGUUACCUGCGAAUCUGGGUUCUGGUCAUACAGGUGAGAAGACGCGUCAAGCCAGACAAUCGCCCCAAGCUCACGCCCCACGAUAUACGAAACUUUGUGACAAUGUUUGUGGUUUUUGUGCUCUUUGCUGUCUGCUGGGCACCGUUAAACUUCAUUGGGUUGGCGGUAGCCAUUUCUCCAGAGCACGUGGUUCCUCUAAUACCCGAAUGGCUCUUCGUGGCAAGUUAUUUUAUGGCAUACUUUAACAGUUGCCUCAAUGCAAUAGUCUAUGGAGUGCUAAACCAGAACUUUCGGCGCGAGUACAAGCGCAUUGUGGUGUCCCUAUGUACUGCCAAGAUCUUCUUUCAAGACAGUUCAAAUGAGGCACAAGAGAGACUCAAAAGCAAACCUUCGCCACUCAUGACUAACAACAAUCAGGUCAAAGUGGACUCUGUGUGAAAGUCAUGUUCCAAAAACCAGCUUGACCACCUUAAACUGGUAAUUGGUUUGUUACUGGUCCAAGAUGGUUUACCAUAGCUAAAAUACAGCAUGAAACAUCUAAAAAACAGCUAAUAAAGUUAAGGCUAGGUUUUCCAGGAGGGCAUGUAUGUGUGUGUAUAUGUUUAUGAGCCCUACUGAAAAAUCCAGCUAAGACCAGCAUAAGCUGGUGAGCUGGUUUUAGCUGGUCUCCAGCAUGGUUUUAGCUGGUUUUGCUGGUGUAGGAAGCUGGUUUUGCUGGUGUAGCAAGCUGGUCUAGCUGUGUUUUGGUCACUUUUUAAGCUGGUCUAGCUGGACUUUGCUGGUCAGGCUGAAAGACCAGCUGGCCCACCAACAUGACCAGCUUUGUCAGGCUGGGAGGACCAGCGUAAACCGCCUUAAACCAGCUAAAACCAGCUACCAGCUUAUGCUGGUCUUAGCUGGAUUUUUCAGUAGGGAGAUGAAGAGAACAACAACAAAAUGAAUCCUUGCUUGCAACAAAGCAAACAAUAAUCUUAUAAAAAUCUGAUAACACUUUACCAAAUAUGUGUCUUGUCCUGAAACUGUGAUAUGUUGCCUCAAAACAAUCAAAAUGAACAGGAACUUGUUAUUAUGUCUUUUAUAAAGCACUUUGUUUUAUCAUUGUUGGUCAAAUGUACUUUUAUGUAUAAAUUUAAAUGUUUACAGUGAUUAUAACAGCCAAUCUAUGUAAGACUUUAUGUAACAGUUUUGUAUGAAUUAUUACAAAGAUGCAUAUAUGGGGGUAUAAGUGAUAAAUCACUUUAUGAGUUUGGUUCCAAAACGCGAUAAAUGCCAUUAAAAAAAAAUAGUUACUGCCAAAAUCAGUAUUGUAUCAGGUCAGUAUUAAAAAGUAAAAUCUUAAUUUUACGCAAUAUCUAAUAUCCGCCGUGUUAGGGGCCAGUCACACCAAAAGCGCUUUAAACGCUUGCAAACGCAAGGCGCGACGCACUGCCUUUUCAUAUUGCUAAGCAACCACCGAGUCAGCUGUCUUGUCAAUCAAAUAUUGAAGCGUGAGCGCUCUUUUGCUGUUACCUGUCAUAUUAGCAGAAACUUUAAAAAGAGGGCGCUUGCUCUGACCAUGUUUGAGGGUGAGAGGUGCACGAACACGCAGGAGAGAGUGAGCGAGUGGAGUCCGGUUUUUCAAAGCAACUGUAAACUUCCCACACCACAACGUAAGGCCCGCCUCUCCCCUCAUUCCAUUGGACAAUGGAAAGACGCGAAUGACGUCGGGCGCUUCUCCGCUCUCAUCGCUCCUUCAAAAACGCGUGCACGGCAGGCGGCAAAAAAUCUGCAUAAACAGCGCGCAAACGCCCCCUGCCCAUAGAAUAUCAUUCAAAAAAGGCGCCUGCAACUGCCAUAAACGCUUUUGGUGUGACUGGCCCCUUAUUCUGUCAUCUUUUCUCCCUUUUUUCCCAAAACACGAUAAACGCCAGUCCUCCUUCUCUGCAGAAUGCAAUAAAUCUGCUCAACAAAUCACAGCGCACCAUUCCACACAUUGUAAACAAUAAGGGCGGCGCUUUGAAUAAACAUGUCGGCUGUUGCUUGUUCUCGCGCAACAGCAUCAAGUUUCGGUCAUGCUAACAUAUUGACCCCAGCGGAUCUUAUGAAAAACUUUCCAAUAUUUUAUGCGAAGUCAACGAAAAUCGAGCAGGACCAAAACAUUUUACAGCUGAUCGCUGUCAAAAAAGUUCAGCGACGACAUCCCGAGGAUGACAGUGUUCUUAAUAUGACAAUGUAAGUGUUUUGAUUAAUGCCAUUAAUGUUUAUUUUUUUAAUCAGUGUAUACCACUAGUCAACUAAAUGAAUAUAACAUGGCAAAGAUGAAUGCACAUUUAUAUAUUGAUUCAAUAGAUUUAUAGCAUUUUGAAAAAAAAAACUUUUAGUGGAUUUAUUGUAUUUGUUUUUAUAAUAAAUCUUUGAAAAUCAAAUUAUGGAUUUGAAUUUUUAAUGUUAUUAUAACCUAAAGAUGCUAUGUGAAAAUUUGUAACAGAAAAUUGUGGUUUUCAUCUUGGCACUUUCUUGGUAUAGAAAACACGUUUUUACCCAAAUUAGUCAAAAUGGAUUCAUUGCGUUUUGGAACCAAACUCUUCAUAUAUACCAUGUAUUGAGAAUGUUGAGCAUUCAGUGAAGAAAUGACAUUAUCAAAAUGAUGCCAUGAACAUGGGCAUUUCUCUACAAUGCCUGGUCACAAAUUUCUCUACAAUGCCUGGACCAAAACUUUACCAACAUUCUACCAAAAGAGCUUGAUACUGUAUGAGGUUUACUGCUUCGAAAUGACCUCAUCCGGUUAACACUGUUACUUUGCAUUUGAGGAAGCAAUACACCUGCAUUGCUGCUUUCCCAUAAACCUUUACACACUAUAUUUGAAUGUAUGGAAUUUCUUUUCUUUUUAGCUCUGUCUUUUAUUGCUUUUUGUGUCACUUCUUAAGAAAUAUCUGUUUUGACUUUUCUCUAUUAUUUGUAUGCAUGGAUCUAAUGACAAAUUCAUAUGCAAACUAAAAAUAUUGAAAGAAGAAAUGUUUUUUAAAUGAAAAAAUAAAAUAACUCAUGCUGUGUCUUUACACAAA